CAAUUUAGGCAUUCCUGGAACAAGAAGGAGGGUGUGAGCUGCCAGAUGUAACUGGUUUCAGCUGCUUACUACUUAUAAAGGCAGGAUGAUGGCUGUGGAUGGAGAGCCACACAUAGGGAGACUGAGGGCCACACAUAGAGAGACCGAGGGCCACACAUAGAGAGACCGAGGGCCACACACAGAGAAAAUGUCCCCACUUGGGAGCAGCACCAGCCUGGAACUAAACCUAUUAUCCUUCAAGCAAAGAAAACGACUAGACAGUCGAAUCCAUGAGGUAAACAGAGUCAAGAGCAAAUUCCCCUGCAAAAUUCCGGUUAUAGUGGAGAGAAGUGGUCGUGAAAAACUGCUGCCUCAACUUCAGAAAAUCAAAUUCCUAGUUCCCCCGGAAAUCACUAUGGGACAGUUUGUCGAUAUGAUCAGGAGCAGACUCUCCCUGCCUCCCUCCUGCGCUCUUUGUGUAAUGGUCAAUGAACGUCAAAUGGUCAGUAUAUCAAUGACCAUGCUGGAGGUAUAUACUACACACCGGGACCAAGAUGGUUUUCUCUACGUGACCUACAUGUCUCAUGAAGUGUUUGGUUGAAGUGUCCUCCUUGAACCCCCCCAAGAAUACUUUUUCCAUGAUUGGGAAAUCUUCAGCCUUGUGAAGGAGCAGAGAACAUGCUACGUGACGUUAGACGCGCCCCGCUCAUCCUCUGCACAGACAAAUAACAAGGACCUGAGAUAUUUAGAAGAGAAGAUGGACAAUUCACAUGGAAGUGAUAACUGUCUGAUAGCAUAUUCAUAUAAUCUUUAACAUAUAUUCGAGGGUUUCAUCAAUAGCUUCAAUGCUGAAAUAUACCGUACAUAUCAUAGGCCUGGAGGGAAAUCAUACAGUAUAUGGGGAUAGAGAUGAACCCUUGAAAUAGCGUCUUCCAAAUAUAGAAGAACUUUCUUAACCUGUGUCAGUUUUUAAUGAAGAACUCUAACCCAAGCAACGUUUUACCCAAGCAACGUUUUGGAUCCUGUUGGGAAAACACACAAUGUAUCGGCUAGAAUGCAGUGUAUUGAAAAUAGAAGUCUUCUAGCAGUUUACUCCAAACGAAUGUCUUCAGCAAUACAGUACAUUGUACAGAACAAUAGAUAGCUUUUUAUUGCGUUUCAUCUAUUUUAAAAGGACAUCAUUAUAAAAGUAUAAUGUAUUAUGCUGUAUGUAUAUAGCUCAUUAGCUGCUUAAUAUAUCAGCAUGACCAUUAAUAAAAAAACAAAACUGUACUUAAAGUGUAUCUAAAUCCAAACCAAAUCUGUUAUUGCACAUUAAGGGCC